AUGCCUCCAACUAGUACUACUAAGAAACCUACUUUCAAAAAAACCGUAAAGAAGAAACGUAUUACUCAAAAGAAAAAAACACCAACUAAAAAACCAACAAAAAAGCCACUUGCAACAACAAAAAAGUUAGCUUCUGCCAAAAAAGCUACAUUCAAGACUACCAAAAAACUUUUGAAAACAACACUUUCAUUGAAGAAAGGCACGUCUCAGCGACCAUUAACCAAACAACCGUUGAAACUGAAGGCCACUGAAAAGGGUUUAACCUCAAAACCAAAAUCGACAACAAAGGUUCCAAAAACUACAAAAGUUACAAUAAAAAGUUCAACGUUGACCACAAAGGAUUCUUAUCAUGGUCCUGUACCUGUACCAGUUCCGAUUCCCUAUCGCAUUGGCAAGAGUGAUACAAAGUACAAAACUACACUGACAAUUCCGUUUUAUGUCAUAAUGAUUUCAAUUGCUGUCAUAAUCUACGUGUUCUUCUUAGAUUUCAAACCAGGCGACAAAAAAUUCGACUGUGUUUACAAUUUGCGACAAGUUCGUGUCUGGCUUGAGGUGUUGGGUGUAAAUUUCGACGAAGAUGUGAUCGAAAAAAUUGCUGAUGGUUGUUUUUCUACUUGUGUUGCCAUACUCACUAAUUUGUACUCGUUGCUGGUGAUUGAUGGCGGGCUGCCCGUUGUUGAUUGUGAGGAAAAACAGGCUAAACUGUCAAAAAUUGUUAAGAAUUCUAGAUUUUUGGUGACAAAAGUUGAUGAGAGAGCUUUGGGUGAUAGAAUUCGCGGUAGAGGGGGAUACGAUUACAAUAGAAGGUUGUUGGAGAAUGCCGACACUAUUGAGUGGUAUAAUAAUAAACAUCCUAUUGAGAGGAAACGCUCACCAGAUGUUAAUAUGACUGAUGUUGAGAGGAGACAAGGAAUUGAUAAUAACGAUAAAUUGAAAAAUAGGAAAUCUCUUCGAAGUUUGAAGACAAAGUUGCCUAGUGUUGAUGCUGUCACAAAAUGUAUUGAAGAAUUCAGCAAUCUUCGGUUGGAGCAGUCUCUAUCUGUCGAUUCUUUAAAACUUGAAAACGAGAAUCAAUGUAAUAAAAUCGAGGAGAAAGAGAAGGUGCAGAGAACGCGGCUGAAGUGCUACCCGCGGAAAAUCGAUUUUGGGUCGGAUGAGCUGAGGGAGGAUAAGUGUUCCAGAUAUUUUACGGAAGGAUUGGGCUACUAUCAGAGUGAGAAAAAGCGUACCAACGAGUUACACUGGAGACUCUACGCUGAUAACCUAAAAUUUUGGUAUGAAAAACUGUACACAGCAUCUUUGAAAACUGUCGAGUGUAUUGUGGAUAUAGCUGUGAAGAAAUCUGAGUACCAACGACAGUAUAAAAGUGGAGUGAAGGAUUGUCUGAUGAGAGAGUGGAAGAGUUUGUUUUGUCAAAACCAACCGAUUUUCAAAGCAAAUGAAUUGGAUACAUUUGAUGUUAUGCAGGAACAAUCGGAUGUUGUUGAUGAGGUCGAGGAGCAGACAGAAUGGGUUCGUCAGGAUGUGAUCAGCAAUCAGAACAUGGACGACUAUCUGUUUCUGGAAGGCAAUUGGUCGUUGAAAAACGAGGAUGGCACUCGUUUGGAUUUGGCACCAGUUACGCGCGAAGACCAGCAGACACUCAGCUACAUUGUGUACAAGCUGUUGGAUGUGAAAUACCCCUACAUACAAAAGAUCGAACCUGCCGACCUACCUCUGUAUCCUGUGCGAGCGAUUGUAGUAGAUUUCGAUGAGUCAUUGCUGGAGAAACUCAGAUCACUGUUACACGAGCAAGGUGUUUUGUUGGUGGAUAUCAACUCGGCCAUCAAUUUCUGUGUGGAGGCGUUCGUCGACAGUGAAGAAGAGUUGAUGCAUCGGUUCACCCCGGAUCGGCAAUCAGUUGAUUUGCGAGUGGCGUCCGAAAAAACUGUUACGAUCCUAGAAAACACAACCUGUGAUGGUUUAGAUAAUGAUGUUUGUAAGCGAGUAAUAAUUAGAGAAAGCAGUGGCGUACAGACUUCGUUGUCGCACCUAGAUUUGCGGGAGUUCAAGGAGGACACCAAUGAAGCUGCGUUUGUCGGCAAAAAACUGUUGGAAAAUAUGAAGACAAGCAGUGAUAUCAAAGUGGCACUGAUCGUGGAUGCGAUUGUCGCCUAUGUGCAGAGUAAAAAGAGGGAAACAAUUAAGGGGUGGGUGAUUGUUAACUUCCCCUCGACCCUGCUCCACGCCAGUGUGUUGGAGUAUACCCUGUCGGCCAACCGGUUCCCCUACCGUUUGAAAGAGACCAUCUCGGAUACAAGCUUCGGCAGUAGUGUGUCCACCAAAGAGAGCAGUGUCACAUCUCGCUACGACGAGCUUAAGUACUCUAAACUACUCCUCAACCCCCAGAACAAUACCUACGGCAAUAGUUUGUUCACAACCUACUUCACCAGCUUUGUGCCGAUGAAGAAGUUGAGAUCGUUCCAAGGUGGGAAGAUGGCCCAGCACGCAAAACAGUCGUUCAAACCGUCCAGCCUUCGUCAAUCGGACCACAUCAACUUCGAUGUGUUACUGCAGCAACCGUCGAACUUUGGAGCACCCACUUUGGAGACAUUCUACCGCAACGAGAACAUACGCAACGAGUUUUUCUACAACUAUCUAGAUUUGGAUACACUGAACUCGUUGGUACAACUGUUGGUGACUGGGAUGUCGUCUGUCGAUGAGACUGUCCUGUCAAUCAUCGAUGGAUCUGAUAAACAAGAUAAACAAAGUGAAGAUGAUAGUAAGAGUAGUAGGUUGGCCGUGAAAAUGUCGAAUACUUCACAGGUGUACUGCGACAGUAUGACUGCGUUGAAUAGUAUGAACGAUUCGUUUCUGUUUGACUCGAACCGUCCCAGUUCGGAUUUGACGCCACAGUAUGUUGAUCUGCUCCUACAAGCGGGUCACGCCGUUUCUCUAGCCGAGCUGUGGGAGAUGAUGACUAACACCUAUCUGAACACUCUUCACGACUCUCUGUAUCUGAUGAGAGUUCACGAGAGAACUGUGGCGCCUUAUUUUCUCAUGGUUAGACAGGCUAUGGAGUCCUGCUUCACCAAACCUGACAAUCGUCAAGAGUUGGUUACAAAGUUGUUGAACGAUUACAACAGUAUUAAUCUGGCAUUACUUCUAGAGGACGAUGUGAUACUGGAAGCCCACCGUCGCACUUCUGUUCUGGAGAGGACACUCACCGAGUUGAGUGAUGAUAAAAGGAGGAAUGCUCUUGAGGUUAGGGAGAAACUGAUUGCACAGGAAUGGGACAGGCAUCACUUGUCAGCAAUGAGUGAAGGGUUUUUGGUUGUAUUGCAAGCUGAGGCCACCCGGUUUACCAGGACCCUGGAACUCCUUCAGGACUAUUACUUGUUAGGGUUGAAUGUUCCUCUCAAACUAACCAACGCUGUACAUCCUAUCAAUGUGGAUAACAAGGAUGGCUCCACUGAAAAACUAUUCCUCGAUGGUAAGGUGACUUUCAAAUCAAUUAUUGAAGAGAAGGUGAAAUAUGUGCUGGUGAACAUGUUCAGAGCGAGAGAGGCAUGUGAAGCGGUGAUGAUAGCUACCGAGAGUCAGCUGCUUGCUGAAGAAAGGAAAAGGUUGGAUAAUGCAGUGAAGGAGGUGAGAGCUAUGAGUGCAAAAGAUAAGAGAAAGUCCAAGACGAAGAAACUUGAUGAAGAUAAGAUGAUCUCGGAUAAAACGUUGGAGCUGCAGAUGGAGUCCGAGAAAAACUGUCAGAGUAUUAAAAAAGUAUUCCAUGAAUGGUUGGAUGCAUUGCGUGUAGAAACAAAGCGAGCUCAUUUCAGGGUAGAGUUGUUGAAGGUGAAAGCUGUCAAUUAUAUUUUGGAGUUUGAAAAACAGUUUCGGGAAAUUUUCAGUGAGUUUUUGGAGGAAUCUGAGAGGAUUCAUUGUGAGGAGGCAGAGUGUGUGCGCAAAAUUCGCAAACUGUUUGGAACGGCAAUCGAGGAGAAAACUCAUAUUCUAGCGGAAGUUUAUUAUAAUCACACAGAUUUCUAUGUUAGGAUACUCACACCUGAGGUGGAACCAGAUCCGGAACCUUUACCUCCAAUUCUAGAAGUGGAUUAUGAGAGUACAGAGUUAUCUCUGGCGCAGCUGGAGGUACUCUAUUUGAGGUUUUCAAUGUUGGCCCCGGACGGCCUCAUCCCCAAACAGAUCCUAAUAGAGUUCUUCAAAGACGUGAGUCGCACCGCGUAUCGGGGAACAUGGUUCUGGGACCGUUUAACAACGGCUAAACUGAACAAAAUGUUCAACACGCUGUUCGGCGAGUCGGAAAUGUGUGACUGGCGCGAUUUGAUAGUGAUAUCGCUUGAAAUGGAUUUUCCCACCGCCGAGGAUAUCCUUGAUGCCAAACUACAGUUCGCUGCUCUCGAUAAAAACAAUCUGGAAGUUGUCAGCUUGGACAGUUUCAUGGAAACCACAUUAUGGUUCGAGAGAGAACUCCCCAAAAGUCCCAAACACAAUUUGUUCUUAAUCUUGGUGAAACGGUUCCUGGCUAAGUUGUUCCAAAACGGAGACGAGCAAGUCAACUAUUCGGCUCUGUUGUUGGCGUUUUGUAAAGAUUUGGAUCCGAUCGUGGGUUUCGGUAAGGCUUUGACAUACAUUUUGGGACGGUGUGUGAUUGUGUACAAACAGGACGAGUAUCUGGAACAGAUGUACACCGAUCAUAUCGACACUGGGCGUAAGAUAACCGAAAUGAUCGUUGAUGAAAUGGUUAGUGAUGUUGUUGAAGCUGUUGAGAUUGAAAGAGAAUUUGGAAACGAUUUAUCUCUACGCUUCAAAGAUGAAGACGAUGAAGAAAACAGAGACAAAUCAAACAACAACUCUGACGAAAUAUUUUUCGACCGCAAAUGA